CGUCGGCGCUGGACUGAGUAACUCCAGUUAUGGGGACCGCGGCAGAACUGGGCUGUCUGUGCGGGCGGAAGGGCCUGGCCCCGCCCCUGGAGUCCUGGGGUCUGGGGUAGAUCUGUCCCACCUGGAUCUCCGCGGGGCAUCGAGGCGCUGGCAGGCCGAGCCCCGCGACUCCCAGUCACUGUGGGAGAUGGUGGAGGAGCACGUUCCCCUCGCUGAGCGGCCUGAAGUGAAGAGGAUUCUGGGGGAGGCGGCGGUGGACCUGAGCCUGGAGCUGCGGGCCGAGGUUGCGAUGCUGCGGGCACUGCUCCAAGAAUCGCGGUCCUCCCAAGUCCCCGACUCUCACCCCAUCUCUGAUCCUUCCUCCCUUCUGGCACCACCGCCCCAUCUGAGAGACCUUGUGCGCCAGGAACUCCGGCAGCUCCUCCAAUGUCUCCGGCAAAAGGCCAUCCGCGAGGGAAGGUGGGAACCUCAGUCCUGGGCCCCUUCCCCAGACAGCAGGGACCAGGCCCAGGCAUGGGCCCAGUAUAGCCCCAGGGUCCUCCACUUUGCCUUGGAGGAGUCCAGGUGUGACUUGCCAGAACAGGUGUUCCACAGGAGAGCUGGUGAACCCAGCAGUCACAGGGGCCUCAGGGUCAUCAAGGACCAGCUGAGUGUGUCCAACAUUGACCAAGUUGCUGGGCACCUGAGGGACCGCCUGGAGGAGGAGUGUCACACCUUGGAGAGGGAGAUCUCCACCCUGCAGCACUGCCUGGAAGUGGAGCAUACACAGGCUCACCAGUCCUCCAAGGCAGCCCCAGAGCCCACCCUGGCCGAGCUCAAGGAGCAAAAGAAGGCCAUGGAACAGGAGCUGCAGGCCUCUCUGGCACCUUCCUGCAUCUCUGCCAAACAGAGGCAACAGCCCUUGGGGGCCUCCUUUCGGGGCCUUAGACCCAGUCCUUGCUUCCGAGGAGCUGCUGGAACUUGGGCCUGGCUUCCCCAAGGCUACCUUCCUACACCUCCUUUGGAGCAGUGUCCCCAGUCUCGAGGCUGGGCCACCACCCACAGGUGGGGGCGGCAGCUUUGGUGCAGCCGUAGGGAAGAGCCAGCUUCCACACCUGUGUCCAGUGCUGUGCCCCAGGCCUCAACCUGAAGUAGGCUUCUGCUGGAACUUGCCCCAUCUGCUGCUGCCACCUCUCAGCUGCCAUGGCCCUGCCAGCUUCAGGUCUAGUCUUGCAGGAGCUUUCAUCAGAACCUGAAGGCUGUUUGUAUGUUUGGUCCUUGCCCCGCUUGCCUGUCCCUGGUAUCUAGGGCUGAGUGGCCGAACAGUCAAAGCCUUCAGCCUUUCUCCUCCAAGGUCACCACAAAGGCUUGGCCAACAGAGGUCUCAUCCCAGCCCUGACUUUUGUCCCCCAGGGGACCCCAACAAAGCACAGCAGCAGCUCAGACAGGAAUAGAAAUUUCAUUAAAAUCUAUGGACUUUAAAAUCCUAGUGGUGCAUGGAUGGGCAGGGCGGGUGGCGCACCAUUAUUG